CAUCAACUGCCUGUUAUUUAUUAUUAGAAAGAAAGAUAAAAUUUAACAAAAUUAUAUUUACAACAAAAGUAUAUAAACAAUAAUUAUAGAAAAAUGGAUGAAGUUGAUAAAAUUAUCAUACAUUCCUUAAAACAAAUCGGCUGCAAAGUUGAAGUGGACGAUGAUAGUGAAGUAUUCGCACUUAGUCAUUUUACACCGGAUCUCUUGGUAAGAGCUGUCUCGAAAUGUUUACAAGAAAUAAAAGCAGAUACAGUGCUACCAAAAACCCUACCCGAAAAUAUGGCACAACGUUUUACAGUGGCCACAAGUUUAGCGGAAAUGUGUAGUGCCUGCGGCUAUCGUGGUGAUAUUGGCUAUCAGACAUUUCUCUAUCCAAAUGUAGUGGAUAUACGGCGUUUAUUUAUGUUUUUAAUCGAACAAUUGCCUAAGGAACAAAUUGGUGGCCUGGAUGAGGGACAACAAGAACAUAAAGAUGACUUUGAAUUGCUAAUGAGAGAUGUACGAAAGAAAAUAAAGCAACAACUUAAAUCACCAUGGGUUCCACAAUACUGUCGCGGUAUUGCCAAUAGAAAGGGGUUGGGUUGUAGCGGUCUUAGCGUUGAAUUCCUUCCUCAGUUAAAUCUAAACAUUCCCGAAAUCGAGGCAGCAACACAAACAAAAGAUGAAACGCCUAUAGUUACUUAUCAAAUUCCCAAUAUAUUCCAACAAACUUCCAUGGGGGACUACGAUUUGGUGAGUUCAGUUUUACAUAAAAAUGCUAUGGAUGUGUAUGCGCCGCCAUUGCAAUCACUUGAAGAUGUACGUUUGUCCCUAGCACGUACACUACAACCCAUCAUUCCCUCACCAGUAAAAUCUGCUAUAACAACGAAGGAAAAUCACGAGGAAAAGGCGAAAGAUUCAGAAAUCAUUGUUAAAAGUCCUCUAGAAAAUUUAACCGAAGAAGUUGAAUCCCUCAAAUUACAAAACGAUCAAACUGUUGGGGAACGCCAGACAGCCAAUACCAAGCUUAAUCAAUUGCGCCAACAGCGUUCCGAAAUCGAAAAUCAAAUGGAGGAUAUGAAAAAGGAAACUAAAAUUCAUGAACGUACUUCUGUAAUCUUGGAAAAUCCAGCGGAAAACCUUAACAAACUCGAAAAUUUAAUAGAAAAAACUAGAGAACGACGUUUGGCGAUGGAAAGCCAAUGGCAACUACAUAGAAAUCCAGCCCUGCAACAAAUAGACGAGUUACAAAAACUGAGGCAAUCGAAAAAUCUUCAAAGUAUACAUGAACUAAGGUCUACCAUUCAGCAACUGGAAACAGCACUGGUGGAAAAAACUCACUCCCAUGCUGUAUUAGCAGAUGAGCUGAAGAAAGCAUCAAGUGGUGUAGCCUCUCGGAAAGAGUAUACCCGACGUAUUUAUGAGUUUAUUGGUAAUAUACGCAAACAACGAAAUGACAUCUACAAGAUCCUAGAUGAUACCAAAGAUUUACAAAAACAAUUGAAUUCCGUUUCCGCUCAACUACAAAGACAAUUCAACUAUACCGAUGAUUUAUUAUUCCAAAGUGCCAAGCAUGAUUUACACGCUAAACAAGCCUACAAACUACUAGCCUCUCUACAUGCGUCCUGCAACGAGAUCUGUGAUUUAGUUUCACGAACCGGUCAAAUGACCAAAGAGUCACGUGAUCUAGAGGUACAAAUCGAUCGAGAACGUAUGCGCAAUGUGGCGGCUAGUUUGGAAAAGAUUACUUUAGAUAUACACAAGUUUGAAAUGAUUAUAAAAACUAUGAAAACCGAAAUAAAUCAAGUGGAAAAUGAAAUACACUCUGGUUAGGAAGCCGCAAAUCGAUCAAUGGAAGGAAAAACCUUUAAAUAAGGGGCCACAUAUUUUAAUACUGGAUGCAUAAAUAAUGUUAACUUAUUGAAAUCAAAAUUAAAAUAUGAAUAUAUUCUUAAGUUUACCCUCUCAUAAUAUAAAAAUAAAAAAUCUGAACAAUUCAA